AGGCAGAAGUAAGAGGUCUUGUCAGCCGGCUGUUUUUUAGAGGCUCAGGCAGUGGACUGGGACCUUGCGCCCAGGCCUGGAAACUCUCCUUUGGAACAGAACCCUGAAUCCCAGCUCCAGCCCCAGGAAUGGAGCUCCGGCCGUAUCAGUGGGAGGUGAUCCUUCCUGCCCUGGAGGGCAAGAACAUCAUCAUUUGGCUGCCCACGGGCUCAGGGAAGACCAGAGCUGCUGCUUAUGUGGCCAAGAGGCACCUGGACAUGGUGGAUGGGGCCAAAGUGGCCGUACUGGUCAACAAGGUGCACCUGGUGACCCAACACAAGGAAGAAUUCAGCCAGAUGCUGGGCCCCAAGUGGAGUAUAGUCACGAUGAGCGGGGAGAGCAGAACCCAAGCUGGCUUUGGGUACAUGAGCCGCAGAAAUGACCUUGUCAUCUGUACAGCCGAGCUGUUUCGCCUGGCCCUGUUCAGCACCGAGGAAGAGGAGCAUGUGGAGCUCAGUGCCUUCUCCCUCCUGAUAGUAGAUGAAUGUCACCACACCCAAAAGGACUCUGUCUACAAUGUCAUCUUGAGCCACUACCUGGAAAGAAAACUGCAGGGGGCCAGGAGCCUGCCCCAAGUGCUGGGUCUCACAGCUUCUCCUGGAACUGGCGGAGCCUCUACCCUGGAGGGGGCCAAAAAACAUGUCCUACAGCUCUGUGCCAACCUGGACACCUGUCAAAUCGUGUCACCCCAGAAGCACCAUGAACAGCUGGAGGAGCAGAGUCCUCAGCCCUGCAAGCGUUAUGACCUGAGCCAGGAACGGAAUCCAGACCCAUUUGGAGACCUGCUGAAGAAGCUCAUGGAUAAAAUCCAAGACAGACUCGAGAUGCCGGAGCUGAGCCGGGACUUUGGGAGCCAGAGAUACGAGCAGCAGGUGGUGGAACUGAGCAAAGAUGCUGCGGAACAGGGCCACCUCCAGCAGAGAGUGUUCGCCCUGCACCUGCGGCAGUACAAUGAUGCGCUGCUCAUCCAUGGCACUGUCCGGGCAGUGGAUGCCCUGACCUCGCUGGGGAGUUUCUAUGCGGAGGAGCGCAUAAUGAAAGUCAGGAUCCUCCCCGCUGAAGACUGGCUGCUGCAGCUGUUUGAUGAACACAAGGAGGCACUAACUUUAGUAGCAAGUGAUCCCUGCUUUGAAAACCCAAAGCUGGAGAACCUGGAGCAGAUUCUGCAGGAGCAGUUCAGUACCGCUGAGCCUUCCCGUGGCAUCAUAUUUACCCGGACCCGACAGAGUGCUUACGCUCUCCACCUCUGGCUCCAGGAGCAUCCCAGACUCCAGCAGCUGGGCAUCCGUGCCCAGGUGCUGACUGGGGCAGGCCACAGCAACCAGACCACCCACAUGACCCAGAGAGAGCAGCAGGAGGUGAUCCAGAGAUUCCGGACUGGUGCCCUGAACCUGCUGGUGGCCACCAGCGUGGCCGAGGAGGGGCUGGACAUCCCCCAGUGUAACGUGAUAGUGCGCUAUGGCCUCCUAACUAAUGAAAUUGCAAUGAUUCAGGCACGGGGCAGAGCCCGGGCAAGCCAGAGUGUGUAUUCAUUUGUGGCAAGCCAUGGGAGUCGGGAGCUGCGUCGGGAACAGACCAACGAGGCCCUGGAGGCCUUGAUGAAACAGGCAGUGUCUUCAAUACAGAGAAUGGAAGAAACCGAAUACAAAGCUGAGAUUCUGACCCUGCAGCUGCAGGCUGUGAGUCACCGCAAGGCCCAGGCUGCUAAAAAGAUGCACCAGAGGACACAGUUCCAAGCAGACACGGUGGGGCUUCUUUGUAUCAACUGUGCGGAGCCUGUGGGCUAUGGCAGUGACCUACGGAAGGUGGAGGGCACACACCACGUCAAUGUGAACCCCAAUUUCACCUUCUAUUACAAGGCUUCCCUCAAACCUGUGGCCAUUGACCGAACUUUCAAGGACUGGCAACCUGGAGGUUCCAUCAGCUGCAGGAAGUGUGGAGAGGCAUGGGGUCUGGAGAUGAUCUAUAAGUCAAUGAAACUGCCUGCCCUGAACAUUCGGAGCCUGGUGUUAGAGACCCCCCAAGGGCGACGGAAGGUGAAACAGUGGUCCAAAGUGCCCUUCCAGGUGGCUGACUUGGACUACCUCCAGGACUGUAACUCCCAGCUGACCGGCUGAAGGUAGCCCCAACUCACCAACCAUGGUCUAGUGGUCCAUUGACUUACCCCCUGCCUACUUGAGAGGAGGGAGACUGGAGCGAGACGGGAGACCUGCAUCAGUGUUAUCUGUGUAUCUGAAUAGCCCUUAUUUAUCAGCACAAACCCACCUCUCCCUUCUUUUAUUGUGAAUAAAUAU